UUGACAGAUGAAAACAGGAAUGAAAACAAAUAAUUUUACUACGAUUUCUCCAAAUUUCUGUAAAUACAGGUUUCGCAACAGCAUUUCUUAGGUAAAACUAACACCUAUUGGCUCAAAAAGCAUUCAAUUUCCCUUAGUAAUAACGUGCAAAUAUGAAGGUGCAAAGUGCAAGUGAUUUUUAGAAGCGAUUUGUACCGGAAAACAUCGGAUUCAUUGCACCAUUUCGAGCUGCUGCAUACCCCUUUGGCAGGACCCGUGAGUGGUAAAGCGAACUGUGUGUGGUGUGUGGUCUGGGGUGAUAAGCGGCACACCACCAAAUCCUUGCUGUUGCAGCUGAUCGCUUCCAUUAUCAGUAGGCUUCGGGGGCUUCGGUUGACAUAUUAGAGUCAAGAUUAAUCUCUCGGUGAAAAUCAAUAUGAGCGAGGGUAGCAACGAAGGCGCCGAGUCGCCUCCGGCCAACGGUGGCGUGCUGUCCGCGACGGCCACCGUAGCAACAUCCGGCGAGUCAACAGCCGAGGUGGCCACUGCAGUACCACCGCCGUUACCACCGCGAGAACAUUUGAUCGUUACUGCCGUAAAGUUCCUCAACAACCCGAACGUAGUUCGCAGUGCCAUAACCAAAAAGCAAGCAUUUCUUCGCUCCAAAGGACUGUCGGAAGACGAGAUACAGAUUGCGUGUGAACGGGCCGGUGUCUUUACGACGAAUGCUGCUGCCAUUCCGACGCAGACCGUCAUCAGUAUGGGUGUGGAAUCGAGUGGUGUUGGCGGCGGGAGCGGUGGUGGUAGCUUCACCAAGCCCGGUUACCAGAUUCAACCACGGCCAAACUUCCUUACCCGCAUGAAGGACAUGCUGAGCUCGGUCGCUCUGCUGAGCGGACUGAUGUAUGGUGUUUACUUGUUUUAUAAGAAAUUCCUUGAACCGUUGCUGUUCCGCAGCAAAAAGAAGAAAUCCGUCACCGAACAGCUGAUCGAGCUGAACCAAACGAUGACGGUAAAGAUCGAUACUCUGAGUGCCGAGCUUGGCAAAAUUAAGGAAGAGCUAAAUCAGGUCCAUCAAACCAACACAACCGUGAAGGAGUUGGCCAAUUUUAAGGGUGAUCUUGAUUCGAUCAAAGGACUGCUGUUGAACAGAAAACAAUUCGCCGCACCAAACCUUCCCGUCGUUCCACCGUCGAUUCCGGCCUGGCAGUUACGGUCCCAGCAGCAUCAACCGGCCAGCAGCGAGGGUGAACACGACAAGCACGACGACAAUGACACCGGAUCGGGAUCGGGUUCGAGCGAAAACGAUGUCGUGCUGAAGAACAGCGACAGCAGCCUGGAGAUUAUGUAAUGCGAUACGCCCGCUCGAACGUGUAUUCCAUCGGCAACGCUGAUGAUGCGCAACGGUGUCGGCCAUAAUAACGAUGAAAAACUGCAUCUUUCUCCCUACCCCCUACUUUACAGAUCGUAAACCUAAGAUGCGUCAGGUGGAUGCGCUACUACUAUUGUCCGAAGCUCGAAGCUGGAAUGGAACGGAAAGAUACAGUGCCGGAAGGAAAGGUGGCCGGCUAUGUGACUCUAUACACACAACGGAAGCAUUUUUUAAACGGCCGGGAAGGUAAACGACAGUGCGAACUGAACGGCCGCGAACAUUUAUUUGCAUGAUCGAUCUCAAAUCGGGGCAAUUGUAAGGUUGAAUAGUUGUUCCCUUCAAUGGGCCCAUCCUCUUGGAGGGAGGACAACUCUCUCAAGCUUUUUGUACUACUGUACUCUUCAAUAGGUGAAAGCGUGUUGUGUGUUUAAUUUUGUACAUUUUUGUGUUUUCAUUACCCGGUUGCUUCCAAGAGUCGACAACGACGACGACGUUCCGCAAGGUGAAAUAUGGUUUUAAUUUUAGUAACUCCAUCACAACCCAGUCCCAGUCAGUCAUCAGAGCGUAAAGGAGGAGCGUAGUGGAAUUAUUCAGGUAGAAAGCUGUUUUUAAUAUUGGUAAAUAGGGUUUUUGUUUUUCAUGAAAUGGAAAAUGAACGGGAAUUGCAAAUGUUUUGCUUGUGUUUAAGCUAUAAAGACUAUUCUUCAUUGGGACACAAAAAGGGGGUAACACACACACACUUCCAAGGGUGUAAGUAAUGACUUAAAAUUAGUAUUUGAAACGGUUUGUCGACAAACAGAGUGAAUGAUGAGAUGAUGUACCUCUUAGUAGAUGAAUAAACUCAGUCAAUCCAGUUUGAA